AUGGGGUUUCUUCUGCUUCUGAAGAUAAUUCAACGUGCAAAGCAAAACUUACGACUACGGUCUAAACAGUACUCAAAGCUCCAUUUUUCAGGACAGGGUUCUAAGAAAAUUGUUCAUGUCCCAAGAGGACAUUUUGCUGUGUAUGUUGGUGAUAAGGAUGAUGAAUGUAUGAGGCGGUUUGUGGUCCCUAUAUCUUACUUGAAGCAACCUAUGUUUCAGGCCUUGUUGAGUCGUGCUGAGGAAGAGUUUGGUUUUGAACACCCAAUGGGAAACAUUGUUAUUCCAUGUCCUAUUCGUUAUUUUGUUGCUCUCCUUUCUUGUUUCAAUGCCGAAUAA